AUGCCUGCAGACAACAAAGGAAAGAAGGCAUUCGUCCAGAAGUGUGCACAGUGCCAUACUGUGGAAGAAGGUGGAAAGCAUAAGGUUGGACCUAACCUUUGGGGUCUGUUUGGACGCAAAACAGGCCAGGCAGAAGGCUACUCCUAUACUGAUGCCAACAAAAGCAAAGGCAUCACCUGGGAUGACGACACCCUCAUGAUUUACUUGGAAAAUCCAAAGAAGUACAUUCCAGGAACAAAGAUGAUCUUCGCUGGUAUUAAGAAGAAGAAUGAACGAGCCGAUCUGGGCUAUCUGAAGUCAGCAACUUCAUGAAGAACUCUUCAUCAGCAAAAAAAACCCCAAUGUAAUCUCAAUAAACCUCUCAGGCUUAGACUCAUCUGUUCUUAUCAAAAUUAUGCAGGAUGGUAACGUUAGUGUUGGAAUGAUAAAUUGCCAUAUUUAUCACGCUGUACCUCUGUUUCUGAUACGAUCCUCAUUAUUAGAUGAGUAAAUUAUAUCCACUAGUUUUGACUGUCUUUUUCUACUUAACUUAUUGAACAAUAUAAUGUGUGUCAGAAUGUACAGACUGAAAGCUGUGUGAUAUGUUUGCAACAAUUGUCAUCCUGUAUUUUGUCUAUUGUUUCUUGUUUUAAUUACAGUCUUUUUCCAGAUUGUGCCUUUUUUUUCUUUGACAUACAUCAACAUUCUUUUAUCAAGUAUUUUUGAAGAUAAAACAAGACACUAAACAUCGUUCCUGUAUUUGAUUUUAGCAUGUUCUGCUUAGUAUGUUGUCCCUAACAGGUCGAACUGUGAGCCAAUGUAGAAUAGCAUUUUAAAAUUUGUCAGGUAAAGCAAAAGUAACAAAUUUUGUCUAAUUUGAUCACAGAUAUGACUUUUGCUGUUGGUGAUAGAACACAUUUUUGGAAGACUGCAUGACUUGAUCCUUUUGUAAUUAGUAUUGUGAGAGCAUAUCAUUGUAAUGUUUUGAAGACGUUAGCAUCUUCCAUUAAAUGGAGUUAUGAACCUUAAA